AUGGCACAAACCACAUCCCAAAUUCCUGACCAAGGACACGGCGACAUCGCCGUCGUCGGAUACUCCUUUAGACUCCCACAAGAUGUAAACGAUGACUUGAGCUUCUGGGAUGUCUUGGAGAAUCGACGAAAUUUGAUGACCAGCUGGCCUGAGUCUCGCAUGAAUGCACAGUCAUUCUUGGACACAAAACCAGACAAGGGAGCACACUUCAUCACAGAGGACAUUGCUGGCUUUGACGCACCUUUCUUUUCGGUAACAGCGAAGGAAGCUGCGGCAAUGGAUCCAAUGCAACGAUUGACUCUGGAAGCUUCAUAUCGGGCUUUUGAGAAAGCCGGAUUCCCUACCGAAAGCCUAAAGGGAUCACAGACUGCCGUCUUCCAUGCCUCCAUGUUAGAAGACUAUGCGAGACUGACAGCAAUGGAUCCGGAUAACGCAGAGCGAACAGCCAUUACUGGUGGUACAGUCUCCUGCGUGAUCCCCAACCGUGUCAGUUGGUAUUUCGAUCUGCGUGGACCGAGCGUUCACGUCAACACGGCAUGUUCCAGUAGUUUGGUAGCAGUGGAUAUGGCGUGUAAGACAUUGCGUAGCGGCGAUGCAUCAUGUGCCCUUGUUACCGGAGCCAACCUGCUGCUGGACCCUGCCAUUUUCCAUCUGCUGUCGAGCCAGAAUUUCCUGUCGCCGGACAGUCGCUGCUACAGCUUUGACCACCGCGCGAGUGGAUAUGCCAGGGGUGAAGGCAUCAUUGCCGUCGUUCUUAAGCCAAUCGCUGCAGCCGUCCGAGAUGGUGACAUGAUCAGGGCCGUUAUCCGCGCUACGGGCUCAAAUCAGGAUGGAUACACUCCGAUCUUGACGCAGCCGAGUCAGAACGCGCAACAACAGCUUAUUGAGCAUGUAUACAAGCAAGCCAAUCUUCCGCUCACCGAAACGCGAUACGUUGAGGCACAUGGAACGGGAACUCCGGUAGGAGAUCCGAUUGAAGCAAGGGCUAUAGGGAGGGUAUUCCGAAAAUACCGGUCUCAGGAAGAGCCGCUGUACAUUGGCUCCGUCAAAUCAAACAUUGGCCAUCUUGAAGGUGCCAGUGGCUUAGCUGGUUUACUGAAAGUCGUUUUGAGUUUGGAGAGGGGCGUAAUCCCCCCUAAUGCACUCUUUGAGAAGAUCAACCCUGCUAUAGACGCAGACUUCUGGCACAUCUCGAUCCCAACUGCAAGCGUCUUCUGGCCCAGCCAAGGCCUGCGCAGAGCCUCCGUCAACUCUUUCGGUUUUGGUGGCUCCAACACUCACGUCGUAAUCGAUGAUGCGCUACAUUACUUGCGCGAGAGAGAUUUACCUGGCAAUCACUGCACAGUUACAAUUCAUAAGAAUGUAGCUGGUAGAUUGGUAUCGCCGCAAUCGCCGAUUAUCGAUGGCCCUCUGGAAGACUUUUCCGAUUCUGAGCUCUCAGUUGACUCCGAGAAGACCGCAAAUACCAAAGCAUCUUCACAGUCUUCUACCACAGAACGUCUUCCAAAGCUGCUUGUGUGGUCUGCUGCAGACGAACAGGCAACCAAACGCUCUAUACAUGACUACGAGCUCUUCUACAAUGAGAAAAUCGUAGGCGAUCGUAUCAAGCUCGAUCGCCUGGCUUACACGUUGGCCGCUCGCCGGACACAUAUGCUCUGGAGAAGUUUCUCCAUUAUUGGAAACGACCAAGAUGGCAAAGCGAGCCUUGAUACCGCGAAGCCUAUGAGAAGCUCAGCAGAUGCAACACUGGCGUUUGUGUUUACUGGACAGGGAGCCCAAUACACAGGCAUGGGAUGGGACCUCGUGAAAUAUCCCGUUUUUGCAGAUACCCUCCAGAGGAUUGAUAAAGUCUACGAGAGCCUUGGAUGCACAUGGUCUAUCUUCGAUGAAUUGCGUUCCAGUAAGAACAUCGACCUGCCACAGUACAGCCAGCCCUUGUCCACAGCAGUUCAAAUUGCCCUGUUGGAAUUGCUGGCUAGUUUUGGUAUUGCUCCCAAGGCUGUAGUCGGCCACUCUUCAGGAGAGAUUGCCGCUGCGUACGCCAUUGGUGCAUUGUCGUUGGAAUCUGCCUGCAAAGUCUCCUAUUUCAGGGGUCAACUUGCAGGAAAGCUCAGGGCCAACAAUGCUUCAUCUCCUGGCGCAAUGAUGUCAAUCAAUUUGGCCGAGGCGAAUGUCCCAGGAUAUCUCGCUGCAAUUGGUGACGAAUUUUGCUCUGUUUGUGUAGCUUGCAUCAACAGUCCUCUCAACUGCACAUUGUCAGGUCCUGAAACGGCCAUUGACGCCAUCAAGGCACAGGCUGAUAAGGAUGGAAUCUUUGCUCAAAAGCUCAAAACUGGAGUCGCCUACCACUCACCAGCAAUGGAAGCCAUUGCCGAAGAGUACAUUACUAGGAUGGGAUCACUGGAGGGUGCUUCUCGCCAGGACCUCAAAGUUGCCAGCGCUAUUCCCAUGGUUUCAUCGGUUUCGGGCAAAAUUGUCCGCCCGGCUGCUCUGAAGACUGGUCAAUAUUGGGUCAACAACAUGGUCUCCCCAGUUCGUUUCGCAGAUGCCGUGCAACUACUCACCCAAGAGCCUUCAAAGGUCAAGAUUGGGCUGAGCAACGUCACUGAUCUGAUUGAGAUUGGAUCCCAUCCGGCGUUGCGACGUGUGGCCCAAGAUACUAUCCGCCAAACUGGAAACAAGAAGCAGCAAAUCCGCUACCAUGCUGCUCUACAGCGAUCACAUCCUCCUAUCCAGACGACUCUGGAGCUUGUGGGACAGCUGUUCUGCUUAGGACAUAGUGUUUCCAUCUCUGCCGUCAAUCAGGAGUCGGGUGUCGACUCCAAGGAACAGGCAAGGAAGCCUGCUUUCCUAGUUGAUACUCCCGACUACCCGUUCGACAGAUCCCAAAAGUACUGGGCCGAGUCUCGCAUCAGUCGGGACUACAGGCUUCGAGGCAAGGUAAACGGCGAUUUUCUCGGAGCCCGUGCAUCUGACUGGAACCCUCUUGCUCCUCGCUGGAGGAAUUUCCUGAGUGUCGAGUCCGUUCCGUGGGCUGGUCACCACAAGAUCAGUGACACAGCGCUCUAUCCCGCAGCUGGUAUGCUUGUCAUGGCUAUUGAGGCUGUCCAACAGAUGGUCCCCAGUGAUGGUCAAGUUUCAGGCUUCCUGGUCAAACAAGCCGAUUUCAUUAGCCCUAUACUUGUGCAGGAGACGUGGGAGGAUAGAACUGAAACCCAAGUUCACCUCCGCUCAGUAGAUUUGCAAAAGAACCACAACAAGGAUAACUCUCUUGGAUUCGAGGUUGAUAUCUUUUCAUAUACUCGUGAGAGUUGGGUCAAAUGUUUCAGCGCCAGCAUUCAGGUUGAUUAUAAUGAAUCAACAAGUGCCAGCGAGCGCAGGCAGCUGAGAGAUAGCAAGAUUCAAAAGCAGUUUAGUCAAGCUGAAGAAUCAUGCGUCUGGCCAGUUGAUCCCGCUGUCUUGUACCGCGAUGCCGCAGAUGUUGGUUUGCAAUACGGCGACUGGUUCCAACUCGUCCAAGAUGCACGAUGGGAUGCAAAGGCCACUGCUGUAGCCUCAGUCGACGUAUCCAAGGAUAGAUAUAAAACGAACAGUCUGGUGCACCCUGCUGUGCUUGAUCAGGCUUUCCAUGUAUUGCGUGUCAGCUCUGGUCAGCAGUUUGCUGCCAACGUUCCAAUUCGCCUACUGGAUGCCUGGUUUGCAUCUUCUCCGAAAUGGCAGACUCCAGAUACCGGCUCUAUCCGAUGGAUCUCGACAUCUACUUCGGCUGUAGCUUUUGAAGAUGCUCAGGGGCAUGGCGAACGCGGAACUCUUGCUGCUCUCGCUGACGAUGGCACAGUUCUCUGCACGAUUGAGCAGGCCAUCACAGCAGCUGUCUCAAACGAGACUGCGUCGAAAGACAAGAAGUUACUGUACAGCACUGAGUGGAAACCUCAAAUUAGUCUGCUUGAACCCCAGCAGCUGUCUCUUGUAUGCAAAGCAGAUCCAUCUGAGAGAGACGAGACAACCGUGGUUAGAAAUCACGCCAAAAUUUGCUCAGCUUUGGAUCUCGUCUCCGUUCGCGUACUUCAGAGAUUGGAUCGUGCUAAGAUUCCCGACGCCCUGGCUCGUCACGUUGAGUGGAUGGAGCAUCAUGUCAGCAAUAUGACUCCCGAAGAUAGACUUCUUGGGGAAAAUAUCAGCGACGAAGACCUUGAAGCUCGGCUUAUUGAAGUCGAAGAGGUGUUACCAGCUUGGAAGCUGUACACAACUUGUGCGCGGAAGCUCCCCCAGAUUCUCACCGGAGAGAUCGACCCGCUUCAAGUCGUCUUUGAAUCAGAUCAAGCAGAGAUCUUUUAUGCCGACCUCUUCCAGAAGCUGUGCCAGGACGGCCGUCUGGGUACAAUCUUAGAUCUAGUCUCCCACGAGACUCCGACACAGCGUAUUCUGGAAGUGGGUGCCGGUACUGGUGGUAUGACUGGCCACGUUCUGUCUCUUCUGCAGCAGCGUGAGGAGCGAACUGGUGGUUCCAGUUUCGCUGAAUACACUUACACUGACAUAUCUCCGAUGUUCUUUGAGAGAGCAGGCGAUAGAUGGCCCCAUCUCAAGGCCCAGGGUCGUUUGACGUUUAAGACCUUUAAUCUGGACAAGCCUAUUGAGGACCAAGGCUUCCAGACUGGAUCCUACGAUAUCGUUGUUGCCGCCAGUGUGCUCCACGCAACUCCUUAUCUGGAGGCAACGGUUCGCAACGUCCGUAGGGCUUUGAAGCCUGGAGGCCGCCUCAUCCUUCUCGAGGUCAUCAACCCUGAUGACAUCGCCACGAACUUCAUGGCUGGUCUGGUACCUGGCUGGUGGGUAGCUCGAGAGGAAUGGAGACCUCAUUCUGCAGCAGUCCCUGAGCAUCUGUGGGAUAAGUGCCUGCGAGAUAAUGGCUUUUCAGGCAAUGAUGUGAUUCUUCGGGAUUUCAAGAGCGAUUCGUGCCAUAUUAUGAGCAUCCUCAUCUCAACUGCGGUCGAAGAGCCCGAGUUGGCCCCUGAGAUCAAUUCCGGAAAGCUCAUCAUUGUUGUGGAUGAGCAAAAGUCUUACCGACAAACUCGGCUUGCUGAGCUUGUGCAGAAGGAGUUGGAUCCCGAAGGCACCAAGGCUUUGAGCAUUUGUGCUUUCUCUCUCGAUGAGCUUUCCAAGUCUCUUAGCGACUUAACUCCAGACGACGUCGUUGUCUGUAUUGCUGAAGUUCAUAAUCAACCACUGCUCUCUAAGCUCAGCGAAGAAAGCUUCAAGUGUCUCCAGUAUCUUGUGGGCAACACUACUAAGCUUCUCUGGGCAACAGCUAGUAGUACUGAUAGCGAGGAUUAUGCCAGCUACGGUAUAAUGCAAGGCUUCUUCCGCGCUAUUCGAGCCGAGCAGGCCGAUAGCCAUAUCAUUUCGCUUUCCAUCGAAGGCAAGGUGGACUCUCUCAAGACGGCACAGUUCAUUGCAAAAACGUUCCGCGCUAGCUUUGAAUCCCCGUCGUCUAAGGAGCUCGAAUACCUUGUGAGAGACGGACUUUUGAUGACUGGCAGAGCAAUUGAGGAUGUGUCUGGAAACGACAAACUUGCUUCUUUGACAUCUCGCCAGCUGCAACAUAAAGCGUGGUACGACGGACCUGCUCUACAGCUCUCUAUUGGAACCCAUGGUGUUCUGGAUACACUACGAUUUGUACGUGAUACAAAGUAUGAUACUGACUUGGGCCCGAAUGAGGUGGAGGUUGACGCCAAAGCCUGGGGUCUCAGCCAAAAGGAUCUCCAAAGCGUCAUGGACCGUCAGGAUUUCCACCAUGGCCUUCAACUGGGAGCCGAAUGUGCUGGUGUUGUUACUCGUGUUGGACGUGAUUGUGAUGCCUCUAUCAAAAUCGGCGAUCGUGUCUGUAUGGUGGCACCCGGGUGCAUGCGACAGUAUCCCCGAGGAAACGAAAAGGCCGUCUACAAGAUUCCAGAAGCGAUGUCGUUUGAGGUAGCAACAUCCAUGCUCGUCCCAUCCAUGACGGCUUAUCACGCCUUGAUCAACGUUGGUCGUUUAGAGAGAGAGGAGAAGGUUAUCAUUCACAAAGCUGCCAGUACUGUGGGCCAGGCUGCUGUGCGUAUUGCCCAGAUGCAAGGUGCCGAAAUCAUUGCUACCUUCUCAACCCCCUUGGAGCGAGACACUCUCACUAAGACCAUGGGUCUAUCCGAGGACCAUAUUUUGGACAGUGCCGACAUUGAUUUCACUCAAGCUGUGAUGCAGUUGACUGGCGAGUACGGUGUGGACGUUGUUUUCAACCAGCUUGCCGGCGAGGACGUAGUCCGGGCCUCUUACGAGUGCCUGGCCGCUGGAGGACGAUUCCUCGAUAUCAGUCGCCAUACUCGUGAUGCCAAUAGCGCUCUUUCUAUUAGCACCUUUGACAGAAACACCAGCUUCUCCGUCAUUGAUGUAUUUGAUUUGAACCCGAGAACGAUUGGUACGCUCAUGAAGAAAUCGAUAGAGCUCAUGGAGCAAGGGCACAUUCAGGCCACGCAGCUUCAAUGUUUCAAUGCAUCAGAAGUUGAAGGAGCUUUCCAAGAACUUCAGAAGAGUGAAAUCUCUGGCUGUAUCAUCAUCAAGCCCCAAGCUGAGGAUGUAGUUCCGAAAUUCAUCCAAGAGCAGCAGUCGUGGAAGUUUGACGCAAACGCGUCCUACAUGAUUGCUGGAGGAUCCGGAGGCCUCGGUCGAGCCAUCGCAAAGUGGAUGGUUGACAAUGGUGCAAAGAAUCUCAUUAUCCCAUCUCGAUCAGGAGCUGCAUCCAAGGCUGCCCAAGAAGUGGUAGAAGAACUGACAGCUCGGGGUGUCAAGAUCGUGACGCCUAAAUGCGACGUGGCGUCGGAAGCAGAUCUUUCAGAUGCGCUGGAUGAGUGUUGCCGUACCAUGCCACCCAUCAAGGGCUGUAUCAACGCGGCCAUGGUUCUUCAAGAUGCCGUCUUCCAAAGCAGCAUGACUUUUGAGCAGUGGAACUUGACCAUGCGCUCUAAGGCUCAAACUUCCUGGAACUUGCACCGCUUCUUGCCCAAGGAUCUGGAUUUCUUCAUCAUGCUCUCUUCCAUUGCCGGUGUCAUUGGCCAGAUGGCCAGUGCCAACUACUCUGGAGGGUGCACAUACCAAGAUGCUCUCGUGAGAUAUCGUCUCGCACACGGCCAGACUGCGCUUUCUCUUGAUAUCGGUUGGAUGCGUAAUGUUGGUAUCGUUGCCGAGAACAGCGCGUAUCAACGACAGCGUCAAUCCCUCGAGGAUAUGAAGCAGAUCGAAGACACCGAGUUGCUCGCCGCCUUGACCAUGUACUGCGAUCCAGACUCUCCGCUCUCCCAGACAGUGGCUCAGGCCAAGGGCCAAGUCCUCCUGGGACUAAAUACUCCCGCUGAUCUCCUCGUGAAAGGCCGCAGCCCUCCACAGCUCCUGGACCGGCCGCUGUUUGCCCCCUUCUCCUUCAUCGCCGACUCUGGCGCUGCAGCUGCUAACGGCGCAAACAGCAACGGGGAAGCGGCAGCCGGGAUUCGUUUCAAACAGACUUCAGACUCAGGAGAGCGCAGCGACAUUGUGCUUCGCGCCCUGGCUGCCAGACUGGCGCGUGCCAUGUCCAUCUCGUCUGAUGAUGUCGAGUCUAACAAGACGCUGUCGCACUAUGGCGUUGAUUCUCUCAUGUCUGUUGAUUUGAGGAACUGGCUUGGACGGGAAUUUGGUGCUACGCUUUCUGUUUUUGAAAUCAUGGGCGGCUCUUCUAUUGCGAAGAUUGUGGAUUUGGUGGUUGAGCGAAGCGUGACUGGUGAAAAAUAAAAGUUGGAUGACGUGCGUAUAAACGCCAGCAAUUCUUAUCUUAUAGAUCUUGAUAGAAUACAAAAUACACU